AUGGCGGGCAAGUACUCGUCAAUGGUGGUAGAUAGUAGAGCCACCUGUGAGCCACAGGUUGAAGCUGUGGAACCACCUGUUGAAGCUGUGGAACCACCUGUGAGCCACAAGGUGAAGCUGGAGUCAUCUGUGAGCCACAGGGUGAAGCUGGAGCCAUCUGUGAGUCACAAGGUGAAACUGGAGCCAUCUGUGAGCCACAAGAGGAAGCUGGAGCCACCUAUGAGCCACAAGAGGAAGCUGGAACCAUCUCUGAGCCACAAGGGGAUGCUGGAGCCACCUGUGAGCCACAAGGGGAUGCUGGAGCCACCUGUGAGCCACAAGGGGAUGCUGGAGCCACCUGCGAGCCACAAGAGGAAGCUGGAACCACCUGUGAGCCACAAGAGGAAGCUGGAACCACCUGUGAGCCACAAGAGGAAGCUGGAACCACCUGUGAGCCACAAGAGGAAGCUGGAGCCAUCUGUGAGCCACAAGAGGAAGCUGGAGCCAUCUGUGAGCCACAAGAGGAAGCUGGAACCACCUGUGAGCCACAAGAGGAAGCUGGAACCACCUGUGAGCCACAAGGGGAAGCUGGAACCACCUGUGAGCCACAAGAGGAAGCUGGAACCACCUGUGAGCCACAAGAGGAAGCUGGAACCACCUGUGAGCCACAAGAGGAAGCUGGAACCACCUGUGAGCCACAAGAGGAAGCUGGAACCACCUGUGAGCCACAAGAGGAAGCUGGAACCACCUGUGAGCCACAAGAGGAAGCUGGAACCACCUGUGAGCCACAAGAGGAAGCUGGAACCACCUGUGAGCCACAAGAGGAAGCUGGAACCACCUGUGAGCCACAAGAGGAAGCUGGAACCACCUGUGAGCCACAAGAGGAAGCUGGAACCACCUGUGAGCCACAAGAGGAAGCUGGAACCACCUGUGAGCCACAAGAGGAAGCUGGAACCACCUGUGAGCCACAAGAGGAAGCUGGAACCACCUGUGAGCCACAAGAGGAUGCUGGAACCAUCUAUGAACCACAAGGUGAAGCUGGAGCCAUCU